AUGCCUUCAGAGACGUCACCACCACCAUCACCGUCUGCAAUAACUACUCGAACAACACCAACAGUUUCUUCCAUUAGUUUCGAUCAUGCACCAACAAACACCAAUGAUCUAAUGACCAAUGGGGUUUCACGAGAAAUUGAUAGAAUCUUAAAAUUAUUAACAGAUAAACGAACGGCAAUUGAACGAGAAAAGAAAAGAUUGAGAAGAACUACAGUCGUCACAGAACGUCAAAUUCCAACAACGGCUUCGCUUCAAGCACAAGCCACAUUGCCAACAAGUUUAGUUUCAAUGCCAUUGCUACCAACAACUUUGUCGCCAAUAACACGACAAUUACCACCUUCGUUCUCGCCCAAAACACCUACAAGAUCAACUAUCACAUUGGACAUUCAUACACCUUCUCGUUCACCUACAUCAGCAUUUUAA